AUAAGACAACAUCAUAAAUACCAUCAAGCUACAAAAACCAUUAGAUGUACUAGAAUUUUUAUGCAAGUCUUUCAUUUAAUUAUCUUUAAUGGCAUCAUAAUUUUUGAAACCAGGGAAGAAAGAAAAGAACUGUGUAGUAGUCCUAGUCCUUACUACUCAUGAAUGGAUAUGGAGUAAUAGAGCCUACUUAACAAAGACAAAGUACACCAACCCAAGGGAUAAUAGCCAGGUGUCAAUUGUUACAGAGAAUACAUCUACCGUCUGUCUUGUUACAUAUUCUUCCAUCUUCCUCGGCGCUCGGUCGUUUACUUCAGAACAUCCUCCACUGACCCGAUUUCUUAUUCUAAUACAGACAGCAAAUCUCUCUGUUUUCAUCUGUUUAAAGUUUUUAUUUUUCUCUCUCUCCAAGUCUGAUUGACUCUGUGUUCUUGAUUUUGACUCCCUUUUAUCUUUGAAAAGAAAAAAAUUAUGACAUUGAAGAUGAGAAAGGAGGAAUGACUAGAAGCAGAUUGCAAGUCAAGGAAAAUGCGAACACUUUGCGACGUCUGCGAGAGCGCCCCUGCCAUCCUUUUCUGCGCCGCCGACGAGGCUGCUCUUUGCCGUGCCUGCGAUGAAAAGGUCCAUUUGUGUAACAAGCUUGCUAGUAGGCAUGUACGAGUUGGGCUUGCUGCUCCCUCUGAUGUCCCGCGCUGUGACAUAUGUGAAAAUGCACCUGCUUUCUUCUACUGUGAGAUAGAUGGCACUUCACUUUGCCUGCAAUGCGAUAUGAUUGUACAUGUUGGUGGCAAAAGAACCCACGGGAGAUAUCUCCUACUGAGGCAGAGAGUUGAGUUUCCAGGGGAUAAAUCUGGUCGUUUGGAGGAACUAGGGCUGCAACCCCUUGAUCCAAAUGAAGCAAGAAAAGAGCAGAGUCAGCCACCUAGGCUCAUGGCAAGAGAGAAUCAGCAGAAUCACAGAGUUCCUCCCAUUCCAGUGGUAGACAACAAUAUUGGUAGUGAUAGCAAGAUGGAAAACCAGAUGAUUGACCUCAAUAGCAGGCCCCAACGGGUACAUGAACAAGCUUCAACCAACCAGAUAUUGUGGGAGGUUGAACAGGAUGUGGUUGUUGGAAGCGGCACAAAUCAUGACUCUGCAAGUCUGUCUCCUAUGGGAUCUCAAAUGAGAGCUGAAAAGUGAGCAAGCUUUACGAAUUGGGAAAACACACUACAGUACAUGAUUUUCAAUAAAUGCUACAGGAUUAGUGGAACUGCUACUGUGUGGUGGCUCAGUUUGAAUUUUUAGGUUGAUACAAAAAAACCACAACGUUACAGAAGCUGUUGAAGAGCUGUGUAUAUUGUAUAUUAUCUCUCGACAUGGAUCCUCCUUUAUGCGGUCGAAGGUUUUUUUUUACAAGUAAAUGCAGUUGAAGGUUGACUUAACUUUCGUUUGAUUUCAACAUUUUAUGAAUAUUUGUUUACUUGGUACAAAAAACAUCUGUUUACUUAAGUGAGAAAAGUAAGUUCUUGAAUGCAUGGAAUUUAACGACUGUAAA